GGCCGCCGGGCGCUCUCGGUCCCGCCGUCCCGGGCCUUCUCGCCCCUAGCAGCCACUUCGGGGCCCACGUCCGCCCCUCGGCGAGGCCGCCCGGGAGGCGGUGGCGGAGCCUGCGGCGGGGACGCUCCGCAGCCACCCAGGCCGGCCCGACCGCGGGGGGCCGAGCGAGGGCGGACCGGAAGUCGCGCCGGGCCGCGGAGCCGUUACCGCAGCGUGCCGGAAGUGGCCGUGGGCCGGCGUUCGGGCCGCGCCCGCAGUGAGCAGCGUCCCUCCGGCCGGCGACGCCAUGGAGCCCGGGGCAGCCGAGCUGUACGACCAGGCCCUGCUGGGCAUCCUCCAGCACGUAGGCAACGUCCAGGACUUCCUGCGCGUGCUCUUCGGCUUUCUCUACCGCAAGACCGACUUCUACCGCCUGCUGCGCCACCCGACCGACCGAAUGGGCUUCCCGCCCGGGGCGGCGCAGGCCCUGGUGCUGCAGGUGUUCACAGCCUUCGAGCACAUGGCGCGCCAGGAUGACGAGAAGAGAAGGAAGGAGCUGGAGGAGAAGGCCAGGAGGAAGGAGGCGGAGGAGGCAGCAGUGGCCACAGCCGAGCUGGAGCCAGUGCCGGCCGCGGGACAGGAGGUGGAAGUCGUCCCCAGCACGGACCCUGGGCCUCCGGGACUGCCGGGCCCCCAUGAGGCCGAGGCGGCAGCAGCCCCCAGCUCGGCAGAAGCGGAGGCGGUGGAAGCGUGUGCUGGUGCUGCAGAAGCCGUGAAGGAGCCCCCAGCUCUUCCUAAGAGGCAGGAGCAGUUCCAGAGAAACCCCGACAGCUACAACGGUGCCGUGCGUGAGAACUACACCUGGUCACAGGACUACACCGACCUGGAGCUCAAAGUGCCGGUGCCCAAGCACGUGGUGAAGGGGAGGCAGGUCUCGGUGGCCCUCAGCAGUAGCUCCAUUCGGGUGGCUGUGCUGGAGGAGGGUAGGGAGCGCGUCCUCAUGGAAGGGAAGUUCACCCACAAGGUCAACACCGAGAGCUCCCUCUGGAGCCUGGAGCCUGGGAAGUGCGUUCUGGUGAGCCUGAACAAGGUGGGCGAGUACUGGUGGAGCGCAGUCCUGGAGGGCGAGGAGCACAUCGACAUUGACAAGAUCAAUAAGGAGCGAUCUAUGGCCACGGUGGACGAGGAGGAGCACGCUGUGCUGGACAGGCUCACCUUUGACUACCACCAGAAGCUGCAGGGCAAGCCACAGAGCCAUGAGCUGAAAGUCCAUGAGAUGCUGAAGAAGGGGUGGGAUGCAGAAGGCUCCCCCUUCCGAGGCCAGCGGUUCGACCCAGCCAUGUUCAACAUCUCCCCGGGCGCCGUGCAGUUUUAGCGCCCGGAGGCGAGGAUGCGCCCCGGCGCCCUCCUGCCAGGGACUCACCGUCGGGUUUGCCCUUGCCAGCCUUUCUCUCAAGGGUGAACCCGCGGCCCCCGGCCCUGCAUCUCCAGACUGUUCCGGAGCAACGUGGGGCGAGCGGGCCGCUGGAUCCCCGCUCUCUUCUCGCUGCCGUGCGCACUCUGCUUGCUUUCCCCAUGCUUGGGCAGGGUGGGGGCGGGGGCCCGAGCCUGACCUGCCCCUGGGCACGCGUGUGCAGUCUCGCUUGGCCUUUGUGUGCACCCGCUGCCUGCUCAGCCCCGUUGAGGAGCAGAGAGUGGGGCCGUGGGGACGCAGGCCCCAGGUGCAGCAGGAGCUGUCCUCUGACGUCCUCCUGUGGGACCCAGUCCCUGUGAGAGAGCCGACGGGGUGCCCUCGAGACCGCAGCGCGCAGCCCUUCUGCCGCUGCCAAGCCCGGGGCGCUGUGCUGCCACCCCUGCUCAGCCAGCCCCCUGGCCAGCGCCAUGGGCUCUGCCCUCAGAGCUGGGGAGGACUCCUUCUGGGGGUGGUCCUUCCGGACACCCCCCUUCCUUCACUUGAGUAGGUGGGAGCUGGCAUGUCACAGUCACGUGGGGGGGUUUCUGGCCCAAGGUGGCCAGAAAGUGAGUGGGGAGCCCCCGAAUCUCUCCUGAUCGGUCCCUGGGAGGCAUCAGGUGGCUCUGAUGCCAUCGAGGGCAUUGCCAAGGGGGCCCCGAGGCGGGUCCUGGAGCUGCUGAGACCCUUCUUUCGGCUCCCCGGAUUUGCACGCCUGUGUGCUGACGUGUGCGUGUAGGAACUGUGGGCGAGGGUGUGACGGGGUGGGGCAUGCGCCUUCACUGGCCCCUUGGGAGAUGGGGGAGCUGUGGACUCCGUGGUCACUUGUCUUCCUUUGCCCGACUUUGUUUUCAGUGUUGCGUUUCUGCCUGCCCUGCCUGCUGUGACCGCAUCCCACCCUUGUCUGGGAGCGGCUGGCAGGCUGAGGCGCCCAUGCACGCCGCUGACGGUGGGCCACCCCUGCCUUCCACUGGGCCCCGUCUGCCCCUCGCUGCUGGCCUGGGCCCUGGGGCCGGUGCAGCCUGCGUGUUUUCUCUCUUUAGACAUGGCAGCCGUGGACCGGCCACUGAGCUCCGUCAGCUGAGGUCAGAGGAACGUGGGGUGCCCGCCUGCGAAGUCCCCCUUCUUCAGUGUCCGUUUGCAAUAAAUCUGUAUUUAAACUCUU